UGGACGGAGGCUGGUCACGCUGGAGUCCCUGGUCCCGCUGUGAUAAGCGCUGCGGUGGUGGACGCUCCAUACGCACUCGCUCCUGCUCCAGCCCUCCACCCAAGAACGGGGGCAAAAAGUGUGUAGGAGAGAAGAACCAGGUCAAACCCUGCAACACCAAACCCUGUGAUGAGAGAGGUUGCCCGCCAGGCCAGGAGUUUGUGUUGUGUGCCAACCAGUGUCCACAGCGCUGCUCCGACCUCCAGCAGGGCAUCGAGUGCCAGGGCAACACCGAGUGUCAGCCCGGCUGUCGCUGCCCUGAAGGCCAGUUGCAGCAGGACGGGAUGUGCGUGCAGCUCUGGCAGUGUGACUGUGUGGACUCGCUCGGACAGAUUUGGGCGGCCGGGAGUUGGCAUCAGGUGGACUGUAACAACUGCAGCUGCUCCGAUGGACAGCUCCUCUGCUCCAACAACAGCUGCCAGGCGACGUGCGUGUGGAGCUCCUGGUCCAGUUGGGCGUCAUGCAGCGUUACCUGCGGGCAGGGCCAGAGAACCAGAUACAGGUCUCUGGUCCCGGAGACUGAAGGAGCAGACUGCCAGUUUGAAGAAGUCCAGCAUAAAUCCUGCAGCCCAGGCUCCUGUCCACCCCUCUGUGUGCACGACGACCAGGAGCUCAGCGUGGGGCACACCUGGCUGCAGGGAGAGUGUAAACAAUGCACAUGCACCCCUGAGGGAGAUUACUGCCAGGACAUCGACUGCAGAGUGGAUGGUGGGUGGACCCCCUGGUCAGUGUGGUCGGACUGCUCAGUGACAUGCGGACAGGGGGCACAUGUCCGAAGCCGUGCCUGCAUCAACCCCCCACCACGAAACAAUGGGUCUGACUGCAGUGGGCCAGAGAGAGAGACCCAGGACUGUCAUAGUCCUCCCUGUCUGGAUGACCUUUGCCCCUGGUCGCCAUGGUCACCGUGUUCUCGGAGCUGUGGCGCAGGGUCUGUGGCGCGGCGCAGGGUGUGUGUGUGUGAGGAGGGAGGUGAUGCAGCAUGUCCUACUGAGAUUGAGGCGGAGAGGAACAGAGAGGAGACCCAGCUGUGUUACAAACAGCCCUGUGCAG